AUGGAGCCCGAGUGCGGGGCGCAAACAUCAAACCAGACGCAAACAGAUUCAUUAUCUCCGUCCCCUAAUCCUGUGUCACCUGUGCCUUUGAAUAACCCAACAAGUGCCCCAAGAUAUGGAACAGUGAUCCCUAAUCGCAUCUUUGUAGGAGGAAUUGACUUUAAGACAAAUGAAAAUGAUUUAAGAAAAUUUUUUUCCCAGUAUGGGUCUGUAAAAGAAGUGAAGAUUGUAAAUGACAGAGCUGGAGUGUCUAAAGGGUAUGGUUUCGUCACUUUUGAAACACAAGAAGACGCACAAAAAAUUUUACAAGAGGCUGAAAAACUUAAUUACAAGGAUAAAAAACUGAACAUUGGUCCAGCAAUAAGAAAACAACAAGUAGGGAUCCCUCGUUCUAGUAUAAUGCCAGCAGCUGGAACAAUGUACCUAACAACUUCAACUGGCUAUCCUUACACUUAUCAUAAUGGUGUUGCUUAUUUUCAUACUCCAGAAGUAACUUCUGUCCCACCACCUUGGCCUUCACGUUCUAUAUCUAGUUCCCCUGUGAUGGUAGCUCAGCCUGUUUAUCAGCAACCUGCAUAUCACUACCAGGCCCCUGCACAGUGUCUACCAGGACAGUGGCAGUGGGGUGUUCCUCAGUCUCCGGCCUCUUCUACUCCAUUCUUAUACCUGCAACCUUCUGAGGUUAUUUAUCAACCAGUUGAAAUUGCACAAGACGGUGGAUGUGUUCCUCCUCCACUGUCUCUGAUGGAAGCUUCAGUUCCAGAGCCUUAUUCUGAUCAUGGAGUUCAAGCAACAUAUCACCAGGUUUACACUCCAAGUGCCAUUGCUAUGCCUGCACCUGUGAUGCAGCCUGAACCAAUUAAAGAACCAAGGUUACAUUCUUUGAGAAGAAGCUUUUCCCAACCUUCAUCUGUAGGUUUGAAACCUCGGUAUUCUCAAAGCCCACAUUUUCAUCCUAGAAAAAAUUUCAGAGCAGAGGAGUCAAUUCUUACUCCACCUUCCUCUACUGAUUCUGUUAAGUAG